AUGCCCGAUGAGAACGCCCACAUCAACAUCGUCAUCCGCGGCAGCGACGGUACUGAGCGGUUCUUCAAAAUCAAGCCCAGCACGGCCUUUGGCAAACUCAAGCGGGGUUACGCGAAGCUCCAAAACCUCGACAUUGGCUCUCUUCGUCUUCACUAUGACGGCGUUCCACUCUCCGACCACGCAACUCCGCUGGACUUGGACAUGAUCGAUGGCGACGUAAUCGAGAACUAUAUCCCACAGGUGGGCGGCGGCGGUUCCGCUUGCUUUGGACGGCCUGGCAGCCUUCCUUCCACGGCAGAGCGAUACAUCAUCAGCUGGUUCCCAUAG